UGUAAAUUACGUAGAUAACAAAGCCGAAUAGGUUACAAAAUCCCAUCCAUCGUCUGGCAUUAUAUCGGGGUAAAAGGACAAACGUGUGACACCCUGUCCCAGUCGUCAGAUGGACGCCGGGCCGGACGAGCUUGGGGAGGAUAAGGUUUUCGGGGCCUCACGCCGACUGCACCAAGGCCAAUUUUACACUUCUUCCUAGAACCGCAGGAGGGAUAAACCAACCUGGAAGGGGUAAAUCUCGAAGCCAAAAGGACACAACGUGUCCUCAAUCUUCAGCUUCAGUUCUGCGACAUGAGGCUCCAUACCGCCCGCUACACGCUGAGCUUGCUGGGGAAUGGAGUCUAAAGAAUAACCGUGCCGUUAGGUUUCGAGGCAGCUUGGACUUUAUUUCCCAGGAGCUACUGGGACCAGCAGCCGACAGAGUUGCAUGCAUCUCGGGACGCGUAGUUCGUUUGGUCCUUGGAGUCCACCACUUCAGAAUCCGAAAAACUCGGUGUCCCGACAAGCUUCACGGUGGGGGUGUGAACGCACUUGUCUUUCAGGGAAACGUAGUUCGGCCGCUUCGGUAACAAAUUGCCUCGGUUAGAGGAGGACUGUUUCUCGCGUGGCGCUUCGGCGCUCAGUCUGAAGCCACACAUUCUCCGCCUACUGGAGGGUUUGAAUUUAGCAGCUGCAGCAGUCGCUGACAGGUUUGGCGUGAUGGCGGCAGCGUCCUGGAGUUGGGACCUGGAUUUCGACCAAGAUUUGGAGCCUUCUACUCCCACUUGAUAUCAGUGUAUCAGGGUAUUCUGUUUCCCCCAAAACGCUGCUCUCCUGCCAAGAGCCAGAGUUACAGUUUUGGUCUGAUAUCGCAUCCCUAUCCCUAGUAUUGCAUCUUCACUCUCCUCUUUCCAGCUAACGGUGUGGUUGUUCCUCGAAUAUCCCCUGCUGGGCGAGCAAGGGCAAGAGUGGUCAGGGAACCAGACCCCCAGUCACAGGAUAUGAGUAGGAGCCUAAGCUGGUCUGACGAGCUUGAUACGCUUCUGCGUGCAACUGAUAGACAUGUGACCCGCAUUAAGCAGAGGCUGUAUCCCCUUGGGGUCUACUCCUCAGGGGACCUGACUGGAUCCCGGAUUUCCUCUCAUCACUUGUCUCUUCAGUCAGGAGCCCAAGCCCAACAGCCUUGGGCUCUAGAGACUCCCACUGUCCCAGAAACACUGAACUGUGCUGAGACCUACAGCCCAUCCUCUCUCUGGAAUGAAGUUACUAUUCUCCGAUCCCAGCUUCAAUCUCAGGAUCAGGUAACUAAGGCACUAAGGAAGUCUGUUCAGAGAUUGCUGGAAGAGCAAGAGCAGCAGAUGAACAAGAUCAGUGCUCUGGAAGCUUCACUAAGAUUGCUGCAGGGGGGCCCAGAAGGGCGAGCCAUUCUCCUGGAACAACACCUGGAGGGGCUCAGAAGGGAACUGCAAAGCCUUCAGAAUCAGGUACAGGAGCAGACUCAAGCCCAAGUGAAAACAAUACGAGGAAAAUACAGUUCUACCAGUGGCUUUCACCAGAAGCUCCAAACUGAGCGGCAAGUCCUGUGGAAGGAGUUAGAGAUUCUGCGAGAAGAACUGAAGUUGCUGCGGAACCAGCUAAGCCAGCAUCAGGAGCUGUUGCUGAAACAAAUGACUGAGGGGCAGCAGGCUCAGGCCCGCAGCUGGAAGCAGAUGUUGGAGAAGCUACGAAGUGGCCAGGAGAGCAAGAGUCACACCCUGGAGGCUGCCAGGAUAGAGUCCCAGGAUGCCCAACAGGAGCAUAAUUUCCUCAGGACUUCCAUUGAUGUCUUCCAAUCUAAGCUGCCCCUCGCCACCACCUUCACCACGUCUCUUUCUUCAGUUAGCUCUGAAAUCAGUCUUCUAGACAGUAACAGUAACUGGGAACUUUUAAGGAAACUAGAGGAGCAUCAUUUCCAACCUGAUGCUGAGUAUCUCCCAACUCCAUGCCCAGUCCUAAGCAAGAGAACCUCUUCCUUCAGGGUCCCAAGAUACUUUUGAGUGACCUGCAAUGACUUUUUUGGGAAUAGUGAGAUGAAGGCUUUUUUGACCACCCUUCCCUCCUAGAUUUCUGGGUAGCCUGCUGAUCCCCUUCUGAUCUAGUUGGCAUAUGACAUUUCUAGUGAGGCUCCUCACUGUCUACCUGUCCCUGUUCCUGUCCCCAACUGCAAUAAAAUGGUUUAAU